CCAGGGUCUCCUUCUCCCCGAGCGGCCAGCCAUCUCCCACGCCCCUGGGUCUCGGAGACACCGGCUGGGAGGCUCCUCUGAGAACCACAAAAAUCUGGGACCCAGUGUCCUGGCAGCAUGCGGAGCACAUGCACAGCGCUGGUAUCUGUUUUGAAUUAUCCCCUCAAGCUGAGAUGCAGUUUGAAUGGGCUGCCCACGGGUGAAGGAGGGAGCUGGGGUGACUCAUUGUUACUACGGGGAGCUUGUGGUAGGAGGGUGAGUCACCCUGCUGGGCACCAACCUCAGCCCUCACCCACUUUCCUGUACCCCAGCCUGUCCGAACCCCUCCCUUUGCUCUGCAUCCAGGCCCCCUCUUCUACCUUUUGCCCAUCCACUCCUGCUCCUGGCCUCUGCCCUGGACCCUGAGGCACAGAGGGAGUGGUGAGCAGCUUGGUGCCAGGAGCACUGAGCAGAGGGAAAGCCAGAUGUGGGAGCUUCAAGGACGGGGUGACCUGGUGAGGGUGGGCUUGAUUACCCCACCCCCAUCCCCCACCCCCGUGACCAGCCGCGGUUCUCUCCCUUCCACACUAACAAGCCCCGCCCCCCGUGGCUAAGUGACGUCCCCUUUAAGAGAAGUGGCCCCGCCUCCUAUCCCAAAGACCUAUUAGAGCCUUGGCCCGGGCGCCGGUGACUCAGUGUUCGCGGGAGCGCAGCUUCUCCUCCAACCAACCCCGAGGCCGAGCUUCCCUAGUGCCCGGCCCAGCUCCGCACGCCUGCCAGCCGCCAGCCCAGAGCCAGCCGGCCGGCGCGCUCCGACCGAGCACUCGCUGCCCUUCAGCCCCAGUUCGCUCCGCGCCCUUCUUGGGACCCCUGCCCCGCGGGCAGCGCUGCCACCCUGCCGGCCAUGGAGACUCCGUCCCAAAGGCGCGCCACCCGCAGCGGGGCGCAAUCCAGCUCCACGCCGCUGUCGCCCACCCGCAUCACCCGGCUGCAGGAGAAGGAGGACCUGCAGGAGCUCAACGAUCGCCUGGCGGUCUACAUCGACCGGGUGCGCUCCCUGGAGACGGAGAACGCGGGGCUGCGCCUCCGCAUCACCGAGUCCGAGGAGGUGGUCAGCCGCGAGGUGUCUGGCAUCAAGGCCGCCUAUGAGGCCGAGCUGGGAGAUGCCCGCAAGACCCUCGACUCGGUGGCCAAGGAGCGCGCCCGCCUGCAGCUGGAGCUGAGCAAAGUGCGAGAGGAAUUUAAGGAGCUCAAAGCCCGCAACACCAAAAAGGAGGGAGACUUGCUGGCGGCCCAGGCCCGCCUCAAGGACCUGGAGGCUCUGCUCAACUCCAAGGAGGCCGCGCUAAGCACUGCCCUCAGUGAGAAGCGGACGCUGGAGGGUGAGCUGCAUGACCUGCGAGGGCAGGUGGCCAAGCUCGAGGCAGCCCUGGGUGAGGCCAAGAAGCAACUUCAGGAUGAGAUGCUGCGGCGAGUGGACGCUGAGAACAGGCUGCAGACCCUGAAGGAGGAACUGGACUUCCAGAAGAACAUCUACAGCGAGGAGCUGCGUGAGACCAAGCGCCGCCAUGAGACCCGGCUGGUGGAGCUUGAUAACGGGAAGCAGCGAGAGUUUGAGAACAAGCUGGCAGACGCCCUGCAGGAGCUUCGCUCCCAGCAUGAAGACCAGGUGGAGCAGUACAAGAAGGAGCUGGAGAAGACCUAUUCUGCCAAGCUGGAUAAUGCCAGGCAGUCUGCAGAGAGGAACAGCAACCUGGUGGGGGCUGCCCACGAGGAGCUGCAGCAGUCCCGCAUCCGCAUCGACAGCCUCUCGGCUCAGCUUAGCCAGCUGCAGAAACAGCUGUCAGCCAAGGAGGCCAAGCUGCGAGACCUGGAGGAUGCCCUGGCUCGGGAACGGGACACCAGUCGGCGGCUGCUGGCAGAGAAGGAGAGGGAGAUGGCGGAGAUGCGGGCAAGGAUGCAGCAGCAGCUGGAUGAGUACCAGGAGCUGCUGGACAUCAAGCUGGCCCUGGACAUGGAGAUCCACGCCUACCGCAAGCUGCUGGAGGGCGAGGAGGAGAGGCUCCGCCUGUCCCCCAGUCCCACCUCGCAGCGCCGAGGAGGCCGGUCCUCCACUCACUCGUCCCAGGUGCAGAGCAGCGGCAGCGUCACCAAGAAGCGCAAACUGGAGGCGAGCGAGAGCCGCAGCAGCUUCUCGCAGCAUGCCCGCACCAGCGGCCGCGUGGCGGUGGAGGAGGUGGAUGAGGAGGGCAAGUUUGUGCGCCUGCGCAACAAGUCCAAUGAGGACCAGUCCAUGGGCAAUUGGCAGAUCAAACGCCAAAAUGGAGACGAUCCCUUGAUGACCUACCGCUUCCCACCCAAGUUCACCCUGAAGGCUGGCCAGGCAGUGACUAUUUGGGCUUCUGGGGCUGGGGCCACCCACAACCCCCCUACCGACUUGGUGUGGAAGGCACAGAGCACCUGGGGCUGCGGGAACAGCCUGCGCACGGCGCUCAUCAACUCCAACGGGGAAGAGGUGGCCAUGCGCAAGCUGGUGCGUUCGUUGACCACCGUGAUGGACGACGAUGACGAUGACGAGGAUGGCGAUGAACUGCUCCAUCAACAUCAUGGCUCCCACUGCAGCGGCUCGGGGGACCCCGCUGAGUACAACCUGCGCUCGCGCACCGUGCUGUGCGGGACUUGCGGGCAACCUGCUGCCGACAAGGCCAGCGGAGGCGCGGGAGCCCAGGUGGGCGGAUCCAUGUCCUCCAGCUCCUCCGCCUCCAGUAUGACAGUCACCCGCAGCUACCGCAGUGUGGGGGGCAGUGGGGGGGGCAGCUUCGGGGACAGCCUGGGCCCCCGCUCCUACCUCCUGGGCAACUCCAGUCCCCGAACCCAGAACGCCCAGAACUGCAGCAUCAUGUAAUUUGGGACCUGCCAGGGCAGGCUGGGGUGGGGGCCUCCUCCGCCUCACCUCAUGCCCACCCCACCCCCCACGCUGAACUUCAUGAAUGGGGGGGGGGCUUGAAGCCAAAGAAGAAUUCCCCUUUGGUUGUUUGUUUUUCUUCUGUAUUUUCUUUUUUUUUUUCUAAGAGAAAUUAUUUUCUACAGUGGUUUUAUA